AUGGCGACCGCAGCAGUGCCGACCGUGAAUGGGAAGAGGAAACGCGAGGACAUACGUCCUGUCUCUGGAGCCAAACGCCCUGCUAACCAAGUUGCUAAGCAAAAAGUCGCGAAGACUCAUGUCGACCAGACUGUGACACAAACUCAGGCCCAAGAUCAGCCAGCGGAGUCUGAAGCCCAACGAGUGACAGAGACCAAUGCAAAACCAACUGCCAAUAGCAUUAAGCAGCCGACCCAGGUCACUGCCACAGCUACACCUGCCGGCGAGGCCGUUCACGUGCAGAUAAUCACUGGUUCAUACGAACGCAUAUUGCAGGGCGCUGCGGCGACGAUACCUCGCCAUCUGCUGGAGCAACCUAGUGGGACCAAUGGAGUCGCUGAAGACCAGGAUGAUCAAUCUGUGACAUUCUCCGACACAUUUCUCUUCGCCGCCCACGCAUCAGCAAUCCGCUGUCUUUCCAUUUCUCCCUCUACCGAAUCCGACUGGCGCUACGUGGCUACCGGAAGUUCAGAUGAGCGGAUCAAUGUCUAUAGCGUUUCGACCGCGCCUCCAAACACCUCCGUUAACGCCAAGCUACCCUCACUCUCCUCGAAUCAGACUGCGGAGAACCCUCGAAACCGAUCCGUGGGAUCACUCAUCCAUCACGAUCGCGCGGUCACAUGUCUACAGUUUCCAGCUAAAGGCAAGCUUUUCAGCGCUGCGGAAGACAAUACUGUAGCCAUCUCUCGGACACGAGACUGGAUCAUGUUGUCGUCAAUCAAGGCACCCAUACCGAAGCCACAAGGACGACCCUCGGGUGACACUGCUGCCCCAGGACAAACUCCAGCCGGCGUCAACGACUUUGCGAUUCAUCCUAGCCAGAAGCUCAUGCUCAGCGUCGGACGGGGAGAGAGAUGUCUCAGAUUAUGGAACUUGAUGACUGGCAAGAAGGCGGGCGUACUAAACUUUGAUCGAGAUCUACUUAGCCAGGUCAGCGAGGGUAAACAUAGCAGUGGCGAAGGUCGGAACGUGCUUUGGGCUGGCGAUGGCGAGUCCUAUGUCGUGGGUUUUGAGAGAGGUGCUGCAAUUUUCGGGGUCGACUCGCAGCCGAGAGCAUUGAUCAAGCCUUCGCCAUUGACAAAACUGCAUUGCUAUCGUAUGAUGCAGUCUGCCGACGGGCAAGAGAUACUUGCAGUCUCCACUGAGGAUGGCCGAGUCCUGUUCUUCGACACUACGGAUACCGCGACUGGAGCUGCGAAGGGCAAUCUUCCGAUCUGCAAGUGUGUUGCGCAGCUAGGUGGCCGUGCUGCAGGCAUCGUCGGCCGCAUCAAGGACUUCGAGGUGGUCGAGCUCCCCACAUCGGUCAGCUCAGCACAAGAGACAGCAUUGCUUGUCACUGCUAGCAGCGAUGGCGCUGUGCGGAUAUGGACUGUGCCUCGCGACCUUGGCAAGGACACUAGUGCUGCUCAGCAGACUGGACGACUUUUAGGCACUCUAGAGACUAGCAAUCGAAUCAUAUGUCUGGGUGCAUUCGUGCUAGAUGGCAAGAGCGGCGACGCGGGAGCUGAAGAGGAGGAGUUUGGGGGGUUCGAGGAGGAAGAUGAUGAGGCUGCGAGUGGUGAAGAGGAGGCGUAA